UUGUUUUCAUGUGGUUUCAUGCACAUGGUCCUCUUCGACAAACAUUUUCCCUCUGCAUCUUAACCAAGUCGUCAUAAAAAGAGGCUCGGAGUUAAUGAAGCUCUCGUAAUCACCGACUUUACAAGUGGAAAUGACGGCGUCGUCUUCUUCGAGUACGACCGCGCCGUCGCGAGUGCAGAGGUGCGAAAAGAUGAGUGCCGCUGCCGUCGAACCUCGGCGCCAUUGUCGUCGCUCGAGCGACAGACGCUUACGACAAGCCCGAAAUCCACUUCAUGUUCUCGUCCUUGCCUGGAAUGCGGGAACGAGAGUAGGUUGUGUGACGUCUUCUACAACAAUACUACAAGAACAAGGAGUCUUUGCUGCUCGCAGGUGGCGAGGUAGGACUAAGGAUGCCAGGGCUGAUGACAAGGAUCAUGAUGUGGUAGUGCAUUUGCACCAGGAUGACCUUCGAAAGAAAGAUACUGUUGACCACGCUGCGGAUCGCCUGUUUGAUGAGCACCUUGAGGAGCAUGCCGCUGAUGUAGAAGACGCAUUCGCACAUGAAUUCGUUCGACAACCAUCUAGUUUUCUACAAGUAGGGGAGGAGGAGGAGGAGGACAUUUCUAAGAGUAGGACAAAGACUAGUGAGCGGGCUGGGACAAAAAAGCCAGAGGUAGUGCCUCUGCAAGCUGAACAGCAAGAAGCUGCACAAGGGGGGCUCAAGCGUGGCGCCGAUGAAGACAAGGCGACUCGGGGGAGCGUUGCGAAAGCAGCAGAUGGUUCUUCAAUAGCGAAUUCGGUUGGAGAUCACCAAGAGAAGGAUGCAGCUUUUUAUGGCCCCAUGCUUUCAUCUUGUGCAUCGCGAAGAUUGUUCUCAUUUCACAAUUUUACCCUCUAGUGGUAUUUGCCAUCUAGUUGUAUUUGCCACGUACUUCGGCUUAAGUCUCAUACGCAGUUAUAGCUAUAGAUAUGCAUAACUUUCGUAAGUGCUUUUUCUUCUUCAUUUUGUGCUUGAAUUCGGCAUGGUAAAAUCGGGACUUCCGAGCCAGCAAUAUGGCAGUGAUGUACCCGGACGAGGCGCUCCGCCAAGGCCGGUUGGUGUAUUAUCGCAGCUGGUAAACAUGAAAGACGAUCUUGAGCACAAACAGGACGAGUGCAAUCCAAAGGUCACGGUAUACGACCCAAACCAGAAAAAGAAAAUACAAGUCGAUUUAUCUCGAGGUCUUUUUCCUGUGCACUCCUCGCUUCUGCCUGAUUUUCCUACUGGCGUUUUCAAUACUAGAACGUUUGUCUGAUAUACGGUGACCAUGUAGAUGUAUAGGUUGGAAACACGGCAAGUGCAGCAGGAAGUUGCUCAACAUCAUUCAACAAUUCUCUCUUAUAAUAUGGGUAAGUGAGCAAUUGCUCGAGCUCAUCUUAUUGCCCAUUGUCAUGCCUUAUUUCCUAAUUAGAAUUACUUUCUGUUUCUUCCUCCACUUCAUCAACAGAACUCGAAGACGAUAUCGAAGAGGACCAGUACGAGGCAAAUGUGACGGCAGAUCUUCGCGCAGCCUGGGAGAAGAACUGUCGGGAGAAAUGGAUGACACGAGAAAAGGAGUUGCGUAUUCGCGACAAACGCCAUGAAAUCCUGCAGCACGAUUGGCAAAAAGCUAACGAACGCGCAAAGAGUGACCCAACAGAAAGCAACAAGGCGUGCUUUAUAGCCAUCGCUGUCGUGUUAGUUUUCGUGGUAUUUCAGUCGUUACAGCUUUUCACCUUCUUCUCGAUAGUUUGUGAUUGCGUAGAUUUUUGUGUUAAAUAAUCUGCUUUUCCUCGUCAUCACUUCCACUACUUGUUUCACAUCACAUUUUUUCUCAGAAAAAGAAUGAAAGAGUGUUCGUCCUCCACCUCCACAGUCUUCAAACUGUUGUCGUGGUAAAUAUUAGAAUUCAGUUUCAGUAUCAGUAUCAGUAGAAGAUCAAGAUAUUAGAUAGUAGAAAACUACAAGAACAACCUCACUUGCACGAUGUAAGUAGAUGUUGCGUAUCAAAAUGAAACCUUACUCAGCUCUGGAUGUGCUGUUGCGUCUGCAUGAUCCCCAAGGCGCAACAUUUGCAAAGUGAUAUGGAACGCGAGAGGGCGAAGGAGCGCCUGAUGGAUGAGAUCGAAGAGGAUCUUGCGAAUGACUUCUAGUAAUGCGAGCACAACAUUAUAGUCUUUGAUUUUGCUGAUGCUGAGAUUUAAAGUAGUCCUGGAAGGAGGAGGGGAAGAAGGAGGAGGUAGAUCUAGAUGCUGGAACCACGAACAAGAGGAUAACAAAUUCGAAGAAUAUUAAUAUGAUGAAGUCCUCUUUUGUGUUAUGAUUUCAAAAUUAGAGGUCCGAAAAAAACUAUACUCACAAGAACGGAAAAAUCAAACCCCAUGAAAUGCGAGCAUAAUACCAUGAAAAACGACAAAUGAGUAAGUAGAUGGAAAAGAGAUACUUGAUGCAAUUUUGUCACCAGACUCAUGGUCAUAGAUGAAUCGGGUAGGAAGAAAGAUGCAGAACUUUGCAAAUUAAUAUUUUGAGUAUGUCACCUAAUUGAUUCCAAUUACAAUGUUAAUCUUCUACCGACCAACGUCCGAUGUGCAUAUGCGGAGCUCAUUCCUCGGAACAUCAACCCAGAUUGAAGGAACUAUCGAAGCCUAAUUGUUCUAUGUCAUAUUCACUUACAUUUACAACAGCACAUGGGCAUGAAACUUUUCAAUUUCAGACAAGGAAAAGUGAGUAUAUCUUCGAAGUAUGCAGAUCAAUUUGCAGGAAACCUUCGACGGGGUGGAUAUUUUUAACGAACAGAAGUUGGUUUUGAAAUUUUUUCAUCAACCGUUUCCGUUACUAGUUACUCCUACAACAAGUAC